AUGCCCCUCGCCGACCGCAUCCCCAGCAGCCCCGUCUGCGCCCAGGCCCUCGCCCUCGCCCGCGACACCCUCCCCGAGCCCCUCGUCAACCACUCCCUGCGCGUCUUCCUCCUCGCGCGCUGGCUCGCCGAGACGGAGGGCGCCCGCGCCUACACGCAGGGCCCCGGGCUCGAGCUGCUCUUCGUCGCGAGCGUGUGCCACGACCUCGGCGCCAGCGAGCGCUUCAACGGCCCGCAGCGCUUCGAGAUCGAGGGCGCCGACGCGGCCAAGGCGCUCUUCCUCAAGGCCUCUGCUUCGUCCUCUGCCUCUUCCGCUUCCCCUGAUGCUCCCGCAGACACUGCAGCCGCCGCAGAGGCCGACGCGCACCGCAUCUGGACCGCCAUCGCCGUGCACACCUCGUCUGGCAUCGCGGAGCGCAUCGACCCCCUGGCGCGGCUCGUGCGCUUCGGCGUCAUGCUCGACUUUUCCAAGGCCACGCGCGACGCCACGCCGGGGGCUGCCGCCGCGUGCGCCGACGCCGAGGCCCUGCUGCCCAGGCUCGACGUCGAGGUGGUCCUCGCGAAUGCCGUCGUCGGGCAGGCCGGCCACGGCGACGCGCCCGACAACCUGACGUGGCCGAGCACGCAGAAGCACCCGGCGGGGAGCUGGCCCGGCCUGCUGCUCCGCGCGCACCGGCAGAACCCGGGGCACGGCGGGCGGAACCCGGCAUUUUAG